AUGCCUUCAGACAUUCGUUCUUUUUUCGGUGGCAAGCCCGCCGGCACUCCAGCACCCCCUCCUCCGGCCAAGGAGACGAAGAAGCGAGGCCGUCCAAAGAAGAUUGUUAGCGACGACGAAGACGACGAGCCAGUGAAGAAGCCGACACCGAAUAAGAAAGCGGCCGAAACGAAGCCUGAACCUGUGCUGGAAGAGACUACCGCCGACGACUUCUUUGGCAAGGGAAGUAAGCCCAAGCGUACUUCUGAUUCUGUCAGGAAGUCGAAUGGCAAGGCAUCAACACUGGCAACUCCUCAGAAGAAUGCGAGCAAAGCCAAUGGCUCGAAAGCUACACCUACUCGUGGCUCAACGCGAGCUAAGAAGACCGCGAACUACACUGACCUCGCCGACGACGACUUCCCCGACGAUGACUUAGAGGACAACGCCGAUGACUUGUUCAAGAGCGGUGCUGCUGUCGGACGACGCAUGGGAGAUGACUAUGAGGAAGGAAGCGACGACGAAGACGACAAGCCGAUUGUUCCAAAGAAGAGGGGGAGCGCAAAGCAGAAGAAGGUGAAGGAUGAAGAUGAUUUUGAACCUGAUGGAGACGUGGACAUGAAGGAUGUCAACGAUGAGGACCAUUUCGUUGUCCCAGAUGAUGACGAGGAGAUCAUUGAGGACAAACCAGCGAAGAAGACGCCCGCGAAAGCUUCGAAGAAGAGGAAGUCGACCGCUAUGGAAGAGGACGAGGAUGAUCUCGAGGUUGAAGAAGCGAAGCCAGCAAAGAAGCGGGCGGCCCCAAAGAAGUCGGCACCCAAGAAAGCCAAGGAAACACCUCAGGACAGCGCUGAGAUGAAAGCCAUAUUCGAUAGCAUUCCCACGAUAGAGCCACCACCGCCUCCUCCAAAAUCUGGCGAGGAAGAUGGAGAGGGCGAGAAGAAGAAGUUCCAAUGGGGACAACAGCAUGCUAACUCUGCUGCACCUCCAGGUGCAAUAUCCGAUAUUGAUCUGCCGACUGGAGCCGAAAACUGCCUCGCUGGACUGACCUUUGUAUUCACCGGACAGCUCGCGCGCCUUGGCAGAGAACAAGGACAGACGUUGGUGAAGAACUAUGGCGGCAAGGUCACUACAGCUCCGUCAAAGAAGACGAGCUAUGUCGUGCUUGGCGAGGACGCCGGGCCCAAGAAGUUGAAGACGAUCCAGGAUUAUGGCCUCAAGGUGAUCAACGAGGAUGGCCUGUUCGCAUUGAUCCGUCAGUUGCCAGCAAAUGGUGGCGACGGCGCGGCGGCGGAGAAGUUUGCCGAGAAGCAAGCCAAAGAAGAGGAGAAUAUCCGUAAGGCAGCUGAAGAGAUCGAGAAGCAGGAGCGAGCCCGUCUCGCUGCUGCCAAGCCCAAGCCUCAGCCAGGCUCUGCAGCAAAGGACGACUCCCAGAGUAGCAAGGGCACGGGUUCUGCUCAGGGGCUUGACACACGACUGUGGACUGUCCGCUACGCACCUCAAAGCUUGAGUCAAAUCUGCGGAAACAAGACUCAGGUUGAGAAGCUCCAACGUUGGCUGAGAGCUUUCCCCAAAAACCAGCGAACCAAGUUCAAGAUGGCAGGACCAGAUGGAAGUGGUGGGUACCGCGCUGUCAUGAUUCACGGUCCUCCAGGCAUCGGCAAGACGACUGCGGCCCAUCUUGUUGCCAAGACGGAAGGCUACGACAUUGUCGAGUCGAAUGCCUCGGACACUCGCUCCAAGAAACUGGUAGAGACUGGCUUGAAAGGCGUUCUGUCCACAACAUCACUCCUUGGCUACUUCGGCACCGGCUCUAACGAAGUCGAUGCGUCAAAGAAGAAGCUAGUUUUGAUCAUGGACGAAGUCGACGGUAUGAGUGCGGGUGAUCGGGGUGGUGUUGGUGCCUUAGCGGCUGUCUGCAAGAAGUCACAGAUCCCCAUGAUCUUGAUCUGCAACGAUCGCAAGCUCUCCAAGAUGAAGCCUUUCGACUUUGUCACUUUCGACCUGGGCUUCCGACGUCCUACCACCGACAUGAUCCGAAGCCGUAUCAUGACUAUUGCAUUCCGCGAGGGCCUCAAGAUGCCAACGAACGUUAUCAACGCUCUCAUUGAGGGGACCGGCGCGGAUAUUCGCCAGGUAGUCAACAUGAUCAGCACAGCAAAGCUUGACAAGGAGAACAUGUCUUUUGAGGAGAGCAAAGAUAUGAGCAAGGCUUGGGAGAAGCACAUCAUCCUCAAACCCUGGGACAUGGUCGGCAAGAUCUUGGGCGGAGGGCUCUUCAACCCUGCCGCGAAGUCCACUCUCAACGACAAGAGCGAGCUCUACUUCAACGAUCAUGAGUUCGCGCCGCUGAUGCUCCAGGAGAACUAUCUUGGCACCAAUCCACAACGCUCGAACGAGUACAACGGGGACCCCAGACGCAAGAAACUGGCGACACUCGAUCUGGUCAGCAAGGCAGCAGACUCCAUUAGUGAUGGAGAUCUCGUGGAUCGCAUGAUUCACGGCAGCCAGCAACAGUGGUCACUCAUGCCGACUCAUGCUAUCUUCAGCUUUGUGCGUCCGUCAAGCUUCGUCUACGGCACAAUGGCAGGCCAUCAAACUCGCUUCACCGCUUGGCUCGGCAACAACUCGAAGCAAGGCAAGUUGGUACGGAUGAUCAAGGAGAUUCAGGGUCAUAUGCGCUUGAGAACAAGCGCAGACCGGCACGAGAUACGCCAGACUUACAUGCCUAUUCUGUUCGAGAAGCUGGUCAAGCGGCUUCAGGAGGAAGGCAAAGAAAUCGUGCCUGAGCUCAUCGAGCUCAUGGAUUACUAUUAUCUGACGAAAGACGAUUGGGACGCCAUUCUGGAACUUGGCGUUGGCGAAGCCGACAUGGAAAACAUCAAGAUCGAGUCGGCCGCCAAAGCCAGCUUCACCCGCAUGUACAACCAACAGUCGCAUCCCUUGCCAUUCAUGAAGGCUUCUCAGAUCUUGCAGCCGAAGAAGGCUCCGGCCAAGGAGAAACCUGAUCUCGAGGAAGCUCUGGAAGAGUCGGAAGACGAAGCAGUCGACGAUGCCGAAGCACCUGACGAAGAGGACGUCGAUUUGACCAAGGACAAAUACGUCAAGCAACCCAAGAAGAAGAAGGCUCCUGCUGCCAAGGCUGGCGGCAGCAAGAAGAAGAAAGCCAAAGAUGAGGACGACGAUGAAGAGGAGGAGGAAGAGAAGCCCAAGAAGGGCAAAGGCAAAGGCCGCGCGAAGAAGUAA